AUGUCUUCCUUUUUUCUCUUUUCUAGUGCUCGUAUUAUGAAUACAGACAAUAUUAGCAUAAGUGGAUCAUGUAUUGGUGGUCCCAGCGAUCCAUACAGUCAUCAUCAUCAUACUUUAACUCAACAUCAUCACCUUCUUCCACCUCAUCAUUCACAACAUCCAUCGUCAAUCUAUUGUUCAUCAUCUAAUCCUUAUGCAGAAUUAUUUUCUCCUUUUUCGACGGAAUUUGUCACACCUCAUGAUACAAGUACUCAUGGAGGUAUAUCAUCGGAUUAUCUUAAUUUACAAAAUUCUCUCGAUUACGCUGUUUCACAUCAUCAUCAUCAUCAACAGCAGCAACAGCAACAACUACAACUACAACAACAACAACAACAACAACAACAACAACAACUACAUCAUCACCAUCAGAUAGCUAGUUCAUCCAAUGGAGAACGUACUUCAUCAUCUAUUAUUAAUGGUAUUAAUGGUUCUGGUUCUUCACCAUCUCAUUCAUUUGGUAGAACAAAUGGUUAUUCAUCAGCAAUGGAUUAUUAUAAUACAACAGUUUUAACUUCAAAAACUAAUCUUAAUACAUCAAAUGGAACUGCGAGUAAUAACAGUAAUAUAUCAACAAACAAUACAAAUAUUCAUAGUCCAUAUGAUGGUACAUCAACAGCAAGUACAUCAUCGCCACCUCAUUCAACAGGUUAUCUAACUACAACGAUUAAACAAGAGAAUAUGAUGCCACCUUCGUUUUCCACCGAUCCGCAUAGUAAUUAUGGAAAUGUCAAUGGAGCCACAUCGGCAACAAGCACUAGUACAAGUGGCAAUAAUAGUAGUAAUAGCAAUUUCGGUCUCGGCGUUGAUGACUAUGGCUCUUCAUUAUAUCAUCCGUCGGCUAAUAGUACUUAUUCAUCUUAUUCCCCGACGGGUCUUUUACAAACAUCAUAUCCAGUUGGGCCUUAUGGUGUUGCACAUCCAGAUCAUAUGCGAAUGUAUAGUUCACAAUUAAAACAUGAUUUCGGAAUUGAUAUGCGUUUUAAACUAGUUGGCAAUCAACGAGCUUCACCAAAUGCGGAUAUUUCACCAUCACAAUUGUGUGCUGUUUGUCAAGAUACAGCUCAAUGUCAGCAUUAUGGCGUUCGAACUUGUGAAGGAUGUAAAGGAUUCUUCAAACGAACAGUACAGAAGAAUGCUAAAUAUGUAUGCUUGGCAGAUAAGAAUUGUCCAGUUGAUAAACGACGUCGAAAUCGUUGUCAAUAUUGUCGAUUUCAAACAUGUCUCGCUGUUGGCAUGGAUAAAGAAGUUGUUCGAACAGAUGCAUUGAAAGGUCGUCGUGGCCGUUUACCAUCGAAACCAAAAAGUCCAAAUUCGCGACAACCAAAUAGUUUUCAAACUCAAUUUUGUCGUUUCUAUAAUGAUUCCAUACCGAAUCCGGCCAGUCUUGAUUUUAGCAAAUUGAAUUACCGAACAGUGACAAGUAAAGAAAAUUUAUGCGAAGAAAAAUUACUUGUUUAUGACGCCUUUACACGUUCAUGCGAUAUAAUAAAACAAUGGGUUGAUAAAUUUUCACUAUUUUAUUCCAUACAAAAUAAUGAACGUGAUCGUAUUUAUUCAAAUUGUUUAUUAGAACAAAUUAUUUUUCGUACAGCCGCACGUGUUGAUGGUGAUCGAGUUAUUUUAUGUUCAGGUACAGUUAUUCAUAAAAUACAAAUGAAUUAUUUACUUGGUGAUGUUGCACAACAACUAUAUGAUUAUUCAUCAACGUUGAAAAUUCAUAAAAUUGAUACAAUUGUUGCAGCGACGUUAGCGUCAAUUUUAUUGCUUGAUUCAAAUAAUACAGAAUAUGUAUAUCAUCAGACACCUUUAUCAUCAACAGUUACUGAACUUUAUCAGAAAAUAAUGGAUUCACUAAAAGAUUAUUUAAAACAACAAUAUGGAGAUAGCUCGAUUUAUUUACAAUUAUUAGAUAGACUCAAUGAUGCCAGACGUAUUGCACAUCAUCUAAGAAAACGUUUAUUACUUUAUCGACAUUCUGUUGGAUUAACAAAUGCAAUGCCUACAUUUCUUGAUUUAAUACUUGAAGGUAAAUCUAUUUCAUCGGAUUUAAAUCCUACAGAAGAUACUUCAGCGUUACCAUUCAUCCAAUAUGAUCUAUGA